UGCAGAUCACGUAGUCUAGAUGUUGAUCCAAGCGAAGUACGUUUUUUCCUCCUACAAAACAUGCCUACGAUAGCUGGAACCGAUAAUGCCCCGAAGCAACAUAAAUACUCCUUCUUUCCCUGCCUCCACAGUAGUUUCCCAAAUCAAACCAACUAUCUACUGCUACCUAUCGCUACGCGAAAAAUCCUAGCUACCAUGGCCGCUCCCAACCGCAGACCCGAAUACGAUACUUCUGGCACCGGUGGUAAUGCUGAUGCACAUUAUGGAUACUGGAGAGGAAGCGGCCAAGCUGUCACCGGCGGUAACGGCACCGGUGGUAACAUUCAGAUGCCGGCAAGCCGUGCGGAUGCCAACAUCAAGAUGACAGGGACGGGAGGCAAUGCCAGAGCGAAUGCCGGGGGCGCUGCAAAGGGUGGCGAUGCAAGGGGUGGCAACCUCACAAUCACUUGAUUUGUUUUGAAGAUGACUGCAGGGCUAUCUCAUUUUCCACUAUUUGAGCCGAACUUCUUGCUUUGUCGCGGCACAAGAGUACACAGGAUCAUGGGUCUGAUUCUAUAAUCAUGUAGGGACAGUGCGCGAGGAAACAGUAUUGAGAAGCUGUGACAAUCUCUUUUAUUCGAGUAGCAUGAUAUAAGAAAACCGAA